AUGUCUUUAAUGCCUCAACCAAAAGAUUGCCCCUGCAUUUGGGUUCCUGGCCUUCUCGAAAGGGUUGCGCAUUAUGCGGGCAAUGAUGCGGCUUGCACGCUGCGGGUCCUGAACAAGGAGGCAGCGGAGUGGCUAACAAAUUUUAAAGUCGUGCGGCUGUCGUUGCCAACUCCGAUUUACGCCUUCCGUCAACAGUGGAACCACCCCGAUGCCUUCCGUCGGUAUACUCUCCAGGAGCGGCGCAAGCUUCUGGAACUCACCGCUGCCAGCGGUAUUAUCGAGAACCUUAAGGUGGCCCGUGCCAACGUCGGCCUAGCAGACGGCCUUGAGGAUAUGCUCAAGGCAGCCGCAGCCGCGGGCCAACUGGAGAUGUGCCAGCUGCUGAAGGAGGAGACCAGUUCCUGGGGUUUAUCGCUGCCUGCAGCAUCGAGGGGUGGACACCGCCAUGUGUGUGAAUGGAUGCUAGCUGCUGGUUGCCCCCUCUCCAGCAUGUCUGCCGUGGAAGGAGCCGCCCGCGGGGGCCACGAGGGCCUUAUGAACUGGCUGUGGGAGGAGUUCCUGCGCCGUGGGGGCAGCACUACAGAUUCUGAUAUCGAAAACCUGCUUAUUGCGGCAGCUGAGGGCUUUGACCUGGCAGCAUUGCAGCGGCUGAAGCAGCAUUCUCUGCCAGGUGAGGAUAUUGAGGGGCAGCAGCGGAUGGUAGCAGACGCCAUCACACAUACCACGUUGAACCGUAUGUUGGCUGCGGCCGCCGGCAGCGCCACCUCCGACUGGCUCGCCAAGAUGGAGUGGCUGGAGGCACAGGGUGGCCAACCGACAGUUCAAGCAAGCGAGAGCGCUGCUGGCAGCCCGCACGAUGCACUUGGCCGCCUGCAGUGGCUGCGCAGCCGGGACUACCCGCUUGAUGAGAGUGUGGCCGAUGCAGCAGCAGCUGCUGGCAACCCUGCCGCACUGCAGUACCUUGUAGCGCAGAUGGGCAUCAGGCCAACUGCCUAUGGCAUCACACAAGCCUUCCAAUCCGGCCACCUGGCCGUGCUGCAAUAUCUUCACAGUGUUGGCCUGUUGGCGCAGUACGGGCAAGCUGUUGAAAAUGCAGCGAUCAAUGGCAGGCUAGCCGUAGUAUGCUGGGUUGUGGAGGCCUUGGGUCUCACUCCGGACAAUACUGCCGACCUGCUGAACAGCGCAGCAAGGAGUGGUAACACACGACUGAUGACCUGGCUACACGAGUGGGGUUGGAGCUGGAAAAGUCGGCCGGCAUUGGAAAAUGCUAUCAAGUCAGGCUGCCAGGAGGCAGUGGAAUGGCUUUUGGGGCGGGACUGCCGUGUUCCGGUUUGCGGUGAGGCCUAUAUGGUGGCUAUGGGCUGCGAUGACAUGGCGAUGGUGCGCUUCCUGUACCGGCUGGACGUCCCAUUAGGUCCCAACCUGCUGCACAGCGGUGCCGUCGCUGGUGGCGACGCCUUUUUCAACCUGGCAACGGUAUGGCGGAGCUGGUAUAGCUUUGUUGCUAUUGAGUACGGUGGCGCGGCGUCACUGCCGGUUCAAUUACAGUGCAGCGGCUCCUAUGGCAGCGUGUACGGCAGCAAUUACGGCAGCAAUUACGGCGGUGUAGGGUCCCCCACACCAGCGAGUUUGGUUUAA